GCAUAGAUUCAGAUAAUCUUUAUUCAGUCACUGAUAUGCGUAGUAACAUAAUAUUUAGCAUAGCCUAUGCACCAGCUUGCAAGUCGAUCAUAUGGCAGAAGAAACCGCUACAGCUUUCAAGCGAGUGACGUAAAUAGACAGGACAGCAGUGAGCGAGGCCGCGCGGUAUUGUCUGCCCCCCUCCCUCCUCUGUUGUCAACGAGCAGCCUGAUUGGCCGAGGCCUGGAAAAGUGUUCGAGGAUUCAGAAUGUACAGGCCGCAGUAGCCAUACCGAGGAAAAAUACAGGAAAACUACGACAGAUUAAAAUACAAGAAACAAGGAUAUUUACUGACGCUUUACGAGGAGUGUAAUAACAGUUCACAGCUCUCUGAUGAAACAGCUGAACCGAACCUUCACGUUGCACUUACUCAGCCCACACAGGAAUCAGAUGUGAAGCUUAGCGGAACCAUAGCCAAUGGACAAGGGUGGAGGCCUUCUUGAGCUUCACUCCCAGGAUCUGAAGAUGCCCCACGCUAUGAUCAUGCAGGACUUCGUGGCAGGGAUGGGGGGCAUGGCCCACAUCGACGGCGACCACAUCGUGGUGUCGGUGCCAGAGGCGGUGCUGGUGUCAGACGUGGUGACCGACGAGGGCAUCCUGCUGGAGCAGGCGCUGGAGGCCGAGAUGGUGGAGGCGUCCGACCUGGACGAGGCCGCUGACGUCAUCAUGGCCCACGAGCCCAUGCUGGGGGCGGAGGUGGCCAUCGAGGAGGCCCUGGACGAUGAAGAGGAGGAGGAGGAGGAUGAGGAAGAGGAUGCGGCUCUGGAGGAAGGGGAGGAUGAAGAUCAACACCACCACCACCAUGUGCUGAUGGCGUCCGAUCUGAUCGAGGCAGAGGUGGAGGAAGAGGAGGAGGAGGAGGAGGGAGGGGUGGGUGUGGACGAGCAGGUGGGAGUGUUUGUGGGCGGCCCGCUGGAGCACGAGCUGGUGUCCGAGGAGGUGAUGGUUGCCGAGGGUGGAGAGGCGGCGGUCAUCCAGGCACACAAGGGCGUGCCCGCGUCCACGGUAACCAUCAACACGGAGGCGGACGAGGAUGGGAAAACCACAUCAGAGGACUACCUCAUGAUCUCCUUGGAUGACGUCGGCGAGAAGCUGGACAUCGGCGACACGCCCCUGAAGAUCAGCACGGCGGUGACACAGGACGACGGCGACUCCAAAGAGGAUGGCUACGGCUCCGACGUCAUCAAGGUGUACAUCUUCAAGGCCGAGGCUGACGACGACGUUGAGAUCGGUGGCACAGAGGUGGUGACGGAGAGUGACUUCCAGAACGGCCAUGCAGUGCUGGAGCCGGCGGUGGCGACGCGGUUGCCACGGGAGAAGAUGGUGUACAUGACCGUGAAGGACAGUAGCCAGGGAGACGAGGACAUGAACUGUGCUGAGAUGGCAGACCAGGUGUACAUGGAGGUGAUCGUAGGGGAGGAGGAGGCCUCUGCCAUUCAGGAGGCACAGUUGGACGACUCCCCCGCCAACAAAACCCUGGUGCCUGUGGCCUGGGCGGCCGCUUAUGGUAAUAACCUGGAGGGUCGGCUGGAGAGCAAGCCGGGCGCAGUGACGCCGUACCUGCAGAUCAGCGACAGCGUCAGCACCAACCGCGUGCUCAAGCAGAAGGCCAAGAAGAAGAAGAAGGGCCCAGAAGGGCGGCAGUGCCAGACGGCGGUCAUCAUCGGUCCAGACGGCCAGCCCCUGACCGUCUACCCCUGUCACAUCUGCGGCAAGAAGUUCCGCUCGCGGGGGUUCCUCAAGCGCCACAUGAAGAACCACCCGGACCACAUGCUGAAGAAGAAGUUCCAGUGCACCGACUGUGACUUCACCACCAACAAGAAGGCCAGCUUCCACAACCACCUGGAGGGCCACAAGCUCAGCUCCAGCGCCAAGAACGACCGAGAGCGAGAGCGAGAGCGGGAAACGGAGCGGCCGCCGGAGUACAGCGAGUACACGCGGCGCUACCACGAGGCCACCAGCCCGCUGGGCUCCAACAUGCUCAUCCUGCGCGACAAGGACGAGCCCAAGAUGCACCAGUGCAAGUACUGCGAGUACGAGACGGCCGAGCAGGGCUUGCUCAACCGCCACCUGCUGGCCGUGCACAGCCGCAACUUUGCCCACGUGUGCGUGGAGUGCGCCAAGGGCUUCCGGCACCCGUCCGAGCUGAAGAAGCACAUGCGCACGCACACGGGCGAGAAGCCCUUCCAGUGCGCGCACUGCCCGUUCCGCUGCGCCGACCAGUCCAACCUGAAGACGCACGUCAAGAGCAAGCACGGCUCGGACCUGCCGUACAAGUGCACGCACUGCCCGCAGGCGUUCGCUGACGACAAGGAGCUGCAGCGGCACGCCGAGGCCCUCCAGGGCCACAAGACGCACCAGUGUCCACACUGCGAGCACAAGAGCACCAACUCGAGCGACCUGAAGCGCCACGUCAUCUCGGUGCACACCAAGGACUUCCCGCACAAGUGCGAGGUCUGCGA